GGGGGAUCCAAUCCGGUUUGAGCUUGUUCUGGUACUGCUCGGACGUUUAUGUUAAGUUUACAGACCGCAGCUGGUGGAGGUGUAGGCAGAGGUGUUGUGCUGACUAACAACAACAACAACAGCACCUCUUUUAGUUUGUUUAAACAGUUGAAAGAAAGGCUGUGCUUUUUCUUUAAUCCCUGCCGUGCAACCUAAAGCAACAAUGGGAAGGAAGAAAGCUACCACUGAUGCAGAUGCAAGUGCAGAGCCAAGGAGAAAGUCUCAGAGGUUGUCAGAAAAAGAGACGCAACCAAAACCCCAGCCAGAAAAGACAAAGGCGCCUCCCAAAAACAAAAAGGUGAAAGAGGCGACCAAAGCAGAGGAGAAGAAAGAAGAACCUCAGGCAGAAAAGGAAGAGGCUCCUGCAGAAAAUGGAGAGGCCAAAGAUGAUGAGCAGGCCGAAGCAGCAGAUGAAAAGGACGCCAAGGCCGAAGAGGAGGAUAAAGCAGCAGAGUAGUCAUGUUGCCACUGACCUGACUCGUCAAUGCUCCUUUGUUGUAAAAUGCAGAGAAUAUUUUUAUCUACUAUUUUCUUAAGACAGCAGUGUUUUUAGGGAUAUCAUUGCUUUUUAAAAAAAAAAAAAAAAAAAAAAGAAUAGUACAAUUUCCAUUCAGUUUCACAGCUUCUGUGAAGGGAAAGUUUAUCAUGGUCUUUUUGUCUUGUUUAAAUUUUUUUUCUCCAUGCCUUUUGGCCUGAGACAUUUCAAAGGUACCUUGUGGGACUUUGUAACCUGUAUUGGAAAAUGCAUCAAAAGUCUGUGUUUGAUAGGUAAUAAGAUCAUUUGAAAGUUGUGCUCUAUGCUAAACAAUGCCUUGCUCACUUUCAUCAGUCUCAUGGGAAGUCAUUGGGUUGUUUUAUGUUAUGGUGCAUUUGAGAACAAUGUUGAUUUCAUGUUUACUGCUUUGCUUCAAACAAAAUGAUGUUUCUCCUAUAAUAUCUGUUUGGUUUGGGGAUUUCUUUACUAAUGUACAGUUUCUGCCUUUAAAAUACUUUGUCUUUGUUAUAAAUGGUAUAAAAUACCAAUUAAAAGGUGGAGUUUCUUUUAA